CGACUCAUGAUCACUGGCAUGGUUAGUAAUAGCAAAGAUUAUAUAGCGCCGCGCAGCGCUGUACAAUCUUUGGUAAUAGUAGUGAUAAUGGCCGACGUACCUGAAAACGCUCCUGAACACUGCCCUGGAACACAGAGCGAAUCAGCCGGCAAAGUCUCGGCAUGCCAAGGCUGCCCAAAUCAGAACAUAUGUGCCAGUGGGCUGCCCAGGGCACCUGACCCUGCCAUUGAGGAGAUCCGUGAACGAAUGUCCUCGGUCAAACACAAGAUCCUCGUACUUUCAGGCAAAGGAGGGGUGGGCAAAAGCACCUUCACAGCUCACCUCGCUAGGGGUCUCGCUAGAGAUGAAAGUACUCAGGUAGCUGUUUUAGACAUUGACAUCUGUGGUCCAUCCAUCCCGAGGGUCAUGGGCUUGGAAGGGGAACAGGUUCACCAGAGUGGGUCAGGAUGGUCACCUGUGUACGUUGAAGACAACCUGAGUGUGAUGUCUGUUGGUUUCCUGUUGAGUAGCCCAGAUGAUGCUGUCAUUUGGAGAGGUCCAAAGAAAAAUGGUCUUAUCAAGCAGUUCUUGCGAGAUGUAGACUGGGGCGACACAGACUACCUCGUUGUAGACACUCCACCUGGGACGUCCGACGAACACCUGUCUAUUGUACAGUACCUCAGCUGCACCAAUGUGGAUGGUGCUGUGCUUGUUACGACACCGCAGGAGAUCUCUCUGAUGGACGUCCGCAAAGAAAUCAGUUUUUGCCGCAAGGUCAACCUGCCAAUCCUUGGCAUUGUUGAGAACAUGAGUGGCUUCGUCUGCCCCAAGUGCAAAAAUGAAUCACAAAUUUUCCCUCCAACAACUGGUGGAGCUGAGAAGAUGGCAGACGAUCUCAAGAUACCAUUCUUGGGCAAAGUUCCACUGGACCCAAGAAUAGGUAAAUCCUGUGAUGAGGGAACAUCUUUCUUCGAAGAGGUGCCUGACUCCCCAGCAACACAGUCUUACUUGUCAAUCAUCAGCAAGUUGAGGAACUACUGUCAUAAAGAAGGCCAGAUGGAACGUUCCAUGGACUGCUCAUAGCUGAGUGAAAAGUCAACUAGUUAAAGGGUAAUGUGUCCAACGCUCCACGUCACAAAAGCAGGCCUGGGUUAUUUAACAGACACAGCAGGAGCUGUGCUGAGGGCCUAGCAGGCCUGGGUUAUUUAACAGACACAGCAGGAGCUUUGCUGAGGGCCUAGCAGGCCUGGGUUAUUUAACAGACACAGCAGGAGCUGUGCUGAGGGCCUACAAUUAAUUUUAGGGGUUACAAAAAUGUCAUUAUGACAAACAGCAUACAGUUUUUAAAGGUUUGAUCUUUCAAUUUUGAUUCUUGGGAAAGUUUUAAACCAUAGUCACUGAUCAGAUCAACAUGAAAUGCAAUAUGCUUACCAGACCUAUAAAAUCGAUGUUGGUACCCCGGGCAGAGAAUAAGGCCCAGGGAACUCUGGUGCUUUAGGCCUACAUUUAUGGAACACGAAGGAUGGUGUACGCAACAGUGGAGAUUAAGCAAAUUUUUGGAAUGAUGGCGAGCACGAGAGCCCGGUAACCUGACCAAAUUUUGAACUUCUGUAUUUGACCCUACCAUACUGCCUUGACAACCACCAGGCAUGGCCAAAAUGAGUACACCACGGUGGAAACAUACCUCCAGGUUCUGUUCACCAGUGUUGACAGCAAUCACUUCGUACAGAUGUUGUGCCAACACCGUCAGUGGUGCUGGUGCCAAGUCUGUCAUUCAAACUGGUGCUAGUAACGGUGGCUCUAAUACUGGAAAGCGUCCAAGCUAGAAAAGAGGCUUUCUUCAAGUUUGGGUUUUACUGGUGUCUCAUCUGCUCAAUAUUGUAAUCCCAGGGGAAAAGUUAAGCCACGUAAAAACUGAACGUGUAGUCUGAAAAUGUGUGGUGUCGACAACUGUGCGUGUUAGAUUUAUGCAAUGGUUUUCCAAAUUUUGUGAAAAGGAGCCUCCAGCAAACAUCUGAGGGUAUUCUAUUUUUGACAACAAAUAUGCGGACAUGUACAUGACUCUUUGAAAUAGACGUUAUGCAUUGCUGGCGCCUCCAUGGUGUCUCAGAUGCUGGUUUGGUUAUUUUGAUUUAGUUACAACGAAUGCACAAAAGGUUCACUCGAACCUAUCCCAGUGAUAAAAAACUCUCGCCCUCCGAGGAUGCCUUCAUGCACAACCUCCACUGUCAGAAUGUAUGGCGAAUAAAUAGGGCAGUCCAGGUGGAAAGAGAUCACCGGAGGAGUGUUGAGCACUUGGUGCACUUUUCUAGUGACGGUUGUGAAAUUUUUAUGGUUAAUUUCAUUGUUACCCAACUUUGAAUUCCCUCAGGGAACUAAUGGCCAUAUUCACCACUCACCAAGAGUAUUUUUCCACAUUGUACUCGUACGGUAUUAUAUUGAUGUAAAAUGACACGAUACAUGUACCACGAAACAGUCCUUAGCAAAGUUGAACUUGACAUAUGCUGGCCCGUGAUGGUCAUUUGUCCAAGAUUUGUUGGACAUUUCUUCACUGUGCCAUCCCUUUUUCAAAUCUCCCAGACCUGGAGACUGUCAGGAGCGGUACAUGUAUUUGCUACAGUGCCCUUGAGGGCAACACAACAUGACCCAUGGACUAUGUACAUGUAUUUUGGAGCCUCGUUGUGUAAAAACUCAGUGGGAAUCAUCGAGCGUCAGGACGUGUCUAGAUGUCGCACGUGUAAGUGUCCUCCACAUCUCAAGAUGGUCUGGCGUGAGGUGGUUAACUCAAAAAAGCAGAUUUGAAGGCCAUGUAAAAGUAGAAAGUUCCUUUUAAUUCAGCCCAGGAGUAAAAAUAUGUGUUAUUGCACUGCAGUGAUUUACACAUAUUUAUGGCUCUAACAGGUGCAAAAUACUUUUGAUACAAAACAUUGUACAGUAAUUAAACCUUUGUGCAAAAACGGAAGAUUACGUAGUAAAAAGAUGAAAAUAAAGCCUAAAGGAAAAUUCUAUUCAUAUUUCUAGCUGCCACAUUCUAGGCUACAUCCCUUGUUAUACACAAAAUAUUGUUAAUAAGUUUCUAAAACAACAAAGAGGGAAACCGAUCAUGCCAGCACUGAGGUACAAAAGUAGUGUCGAAGUAACAACCUCACCUGCGCCCAAAUAAAGAAGAAAACUCUCAAUGAAAUUAACGAAUGACCUUGAAAUGGACAUUGCAUUAAAUAAGCUGUAGCGUGUAUUUGAAAUCUGUAAAAUUCAAGAAUCGGGUCAGGGAUGCCAGCCACGUUCUUGUCUAGAGCCUGAAAUUAGUCCAGUAUCUCAAGGGAAAAAAGCCUGAGAUAGGUUGUGGCCUGACGCUGGCAUCCCUGUUGGAUAAUUACAAAAAAUAAAGGUAACAGCAGUUGACAAAACACA